GGCACUGCUGGGCAAGGCUGAAUGCACUCCAGCUGAGGUAUAGGUAGGUAUAGCUAUAUAAAUGUCUUGAGAUGUACGGUCACUUCUGCGACAGCAAAUGUAUCCCAUAUCUCUCUCAUAAUGUCUCAACCGCGAUCCCUCAAUGUCGACUUUACCAGCUGGACCGGCAAGCACCUGGAAGUCACCGAAGGGCUUCCCAACCAGCCCACCCCAAGCACUCUCGUCUACGCCGCCGACCUCAACUUCCGCAAACCGCAUAUGAUCUUCCAGGCCACCGGGAGCGCCAGACUGCCAGCCACGGUGAACUUCCACUCCUUCUCCCGCUCCAUCGAUGUCAUCGUCAACGGCCAUCAGAUCGCCUUCAAGCCGCGCGGGGUGUUCAAGUACGAAGCUUCCUUCCAGUCACCGGCUCUCAACGGCCGAGUCCUCACCUGGAAGAACCCUAAAUAUAUGAACCCGGCGUACUUGGAGUGCCGCGAUGAGCACGGCACCGUGGUCGCCACCUUCAUCCCGAAUCGGGGCUGGACAAUGACCAAGGCGGGUCGCCUCGAGCUCGACCCACGGUUACCGAGCGGUCCGGUCACCGAUGAAGUUGUGGUCACCGGCCUGGCCCUGGCCUACUAUAUCAUCGUCCAGACCAUUGCUGCUAGAGGGUCGUAGGCUGCAGCGGGUUGCAACCAUACCAUCCAUGCGCCCGGACGGCGCUUCCUCGCUUCUCAUCCCAGACCGCCUACUUCUCUCGGUAGCAUCCUCCAUUUAUGAUCGAUCAUAUGUCAUGCGUGUCUGUUUUUGAUGAUACCUCUGUAAUACUUCUU